AUGACCACAAACAGCAACGUCCAGCCACAGGCGGUCGACGCACCGCUCACGCAUUUCGCGACAUUUCUUGUACUUACCGUCAAAGAUGACAACCCAGACGCCAUCAAGACCGUGCGGUCGACGAUUGCCAGUAUUAAAGAUCUCAGCAAGAACAUAACAAUGCGCGACUUGAAUGCCAUGUUUACCUGCACCGUGGGCAUCGGGAGCGACAUCUGGGACAAACUGACCGGCCUUCCCCGCCCCGCGGAGCUGCGACCCUUCCAGGAAGUCAAGGGGAAAAAGCAUACCGCCGUCUCGACACCCGGAGAUCUCCUCUUACACAUUCGCGCCGAGCGACGAGAUCUAUGUUUUGAAUUUGAGCGCCAGCUGAUGGACCGACUGCGUGACACUGUCACGCUCACCGAUGUCACGGUUGGUUUCCGGUAUUUUGAUUUGCGCGAUCUGUUGGGGUUUGUCGAUGGCACUGCCAACCCUGUUGGGACUGCGGUGCCUGAGGCGGUUAUGAUAACUGCAGAAAGAGACCCGGCGGCAGUCGCUGGCAGUUAUAUUGUCGUGCAAAAAUAUUUGCACGACCUAACGGCGUGGAAAACACUAUCAACGGAGCAACAAGAAGCCGUCAUCGGGCGGACAAAGGCAGACAACAUCGAACUCGAUGAUGCAGAAUCAGGACAACAGCAAUCGCACAAGACACUCGCGACCAUCGAGGACGAGAACGGCAACGAGCACGAAAUCCUUCGAGAUAACAUGCCCUUCGGGUCGCCGAGCUCGAACGAGUUUGGUACAUAUUUUAUCGGGUAUACGGCGCAGUUAUGGGUCAUCGAGCGCAUGCUUGAGCGUAUGUUUGUUGGAGAUCCUCCGGGCCUACAUGAUCGAAUCCUCGAUUUCUCCACGCCGGUGACGGGGUCUACAUUCUUCGCCCCGUCUGCCAGUGUCAUAGCUAGCUUGGAAGACGAUUGA